GGCAAGGAGUGGAAGCCCGAGCGGUGCUGUGAGUCUCCUCCCUCCACCCCGGCCACCAGCACCUGGAGGCUGCGCCUUUAAGGGGGCACAGGGGACUCCCUGCUCGCAGGGGAACCUCCCGCUCUCCGGCGAGCUCUGGUCCCUCGCCAGGACGCCUGCCGCGCUCCCUGCUUCACCCUUCAGCCGCAGCCGCGGGGCCAGGAGCGCUCGGGGCCUCGACGCGAGGUGCAGGUCCGGCCAGACAGACGGCAGCUCAUCUCCAGCCUGCGCCGCUGCCAGCUCCUCUCGCACCGCAUGGCCACUUCUGGAAAAGUUAUCCGAUGCAGAGCUGCUGUUGCCUGGGCAGUGGGCAAACCACUCUCUCUCGAGGAGGUGGAGGUUGCACCUCCAAAGGCGCGUGAAGUCCGUGUCAAGAUAGUGGCCACAGGGAUUUGUCGCACAGAUGACCACGUUCUGGGAGGUGACUUUACUGAUACAGAUUUCCCAAUCAUCCCUGGCCAUGAAGGAGCUGGGAUUGUGGAGAGCAUUGGAGAAGGAGUGACCUCUGUGAAACCAGGAGACAAAGUCAUCCUCUUUGGCCUUCCUCAGUGCGGGGAAUGCUGCUUCUGCAAGAAUCCUGACUCCAACUACUGCCUGAAGUCACACCUCUCCGUGUCACAGUGCCUGCUGCCCGACAAGACCAGCAGGUUCACGUGCCGAGGGAAACAGAUCCACCACUUCCUCUGGAUCAGCACCUUUGCAGAGUACACUGUUGUGCCGGACUUCAGCCUUGCCAAGGUAGAUGCUGCUGCCCCUCUGGACAAAGUCUGCUUGCUGGGCUGCGGUUUCUCCACAGGCUACGGGGCUGCCAUCAACACCGCCAAGGUAAAGCCGGGCUCCACCUGCGCCGUCUUCGGCCUCGGAGGAGUUGGCCUCUCCGUUGUCAUGGGCUGCAAGGCGGCCGGGGCUUCUCGCAUCAUCGCCGUUGAUAUCAACAAGGAGAAAUUUGCCAGGGCCAAGGAGCUGGGAGCCACCGAGUGCAUCAGCCCUCGGGACUUCAAGAAGCCUGUUCAGGAGGUGCUCACCGAGAUGACCGGGUACGGCGUGGACUACUCCUUUGAGGUCAUCGGGACAGCUGAUACCGCAGCUGCUGCCCUGGCCUCUUGCAAUAUGAACACUGGUGUCUGCGUGGUGGUUGGAGAAUUACCUUCUGGUUCAGUGGUUCCCAUCGAUCCUUUGCUUCUGCUAAGUGGCCGUACCUGUAAAGGGACUCUGCUUGGAGGCUGGAAGAUGAGAGAUGCCAUCCCCAAACUAGUCUCCAGCUAUCUGGAGAAGAAAUUUAACUCUGACUUGCUGAUCACGCACACGCUGCCGAUCGCUAAAAUCAACGAGGGCUUUGAAUUGUUACGCGCGGGCAAAAGCAUCCGCACCAUCCUGCUCUUCUGAGGGACGCGGCCGAGGGAGGACGAGCGCGGUCAGCAGCCCAGCAGGCCCUCGUGGCGCAGGCCCUGCUCUCCCACCGCCUCCCUGCGUGGGGCACAAGGAGAUGAGCACGAGGACCUCGACGGCUCUGGUGCUGCUGCCUGUGCUCUCACGCCCUGCGAGAGCUGCAACGCCACCUCUCCUGAGGAAACACGUGCACAAGUAAAAGCUUUCUUCAGACGCUCCCAUGCAGUGCUGUGAACAGCAGGGGCCCCAGGGGGCAGGAGGAGCUCUGCCUUGCACCCCAGGCCCCGCCAUCUCAGCCCUCUUCUCUGCACUGGGCAACUUCCUUUGCCCCCUCCCCUGCUGAUGCCUCCGAGCUGUAAACAUCUUGCAUGCAGACACAGCGAGCACCUUGCACGCUGAUGCAUGAAAUGCCUUGCACGCUCACGCACCACAUGCCUUGCACGCUGACAUAGCAAAUGCCUUGCAGACUGACACGCCAAAAUGCCUUGCAUGCUGAUGCACCACAUGCCUUGCACGCUGACGCACAAACCAGCUUACUUAACAUCUUGCAAGUUUGUUAAAAACUGCUGUGGGGGAGAUAAAAUGAGUAAAUAAAGAGUAUCAAAGUAAUUAAAUCACUUA